AAUUGCCUUCACUAAUGGCUGCAGGUUUCUCUUUAUCGAUUUUCCUCUGUUUCUUUCUCUUUUAAAGCUUCAUUAUUUAAUCCUGUUCUUGCCUAAAUCAGGAUAAGAUUAUGAAUGUUGGAUUUUGAGCUUCUGGAUUUUGCAAAUUUUGUUGCUUUCUUUGACUAGAUUUGAGUUUCGAUGGAAAUUCGCAUAAUUUUGGUUCAUUAGUUGCUUACAUGCAAAAAUACUCUCUUUUUAAAUUGAAAUCAGAUCUUGAGAAACCAUAAAAAUUCAAACUUUGUUUGUUCUUUUCAAGCUAUUGUGGUUAGAAAGUUAAAAGCUUGAAACUUGCGGACCAAUCUUUAUAGGUUACCAGACACUAAUGCUGCAUUGUCAUGUGUGUUUGCAGAUUGUCCAUUAGAUUUCAGUGGAUCAAAUUUCACUCUAGUAGCUACUGUGUGCUCCAACAUAACCAACAGAGGCAAAUGUUGCCGCUACAUGAACGCUUUUGUUGCGGUGUCCGUGGCUCGUUACGCGAACUUGUCAACUAAUCUUGGAGUCACAUCAGAUUUAUCUGAAACCUGCAUUGCUUCCAUCUCUAGAGCCAUGGAGGGCUACGGAGUCUCGAGAAACGCCACUAGUUUCUGCGGUUUGGGAACCAAGAUCCUUGUUAAGUAUGACUGUGACGGUCGAACCACUGUUACACAAAUGCAUCAGUCUCCGGGAUUUGGACAUGUUUCAAGAAACUGCAGACUCCCAUUUUCGCCGGGACACCAAUGCAGAAAGUGUUUGAACUCUGGCAUCACUUACCUUCGUAAUCUCAUAGGUGCAGAGACUAAUAACAUUACUCUGUGUACUUGUCGUGAUGCGACUUAUGCUACAUUAGCAAGCCGAAUAGACGAUACAUCAGCUCUUGAACUCCUUAGUUGUUUCUUUCAAGUGACAGAGCUUAACAUUCCUUCAGAGUCAUUUUCACCAGUGGCAAGUCCAGAACCUUCUCCAAGCACGGUUGGUGGUAUUAGCCCAAGCAACAGUGAUUCUCAAAUGACUACAAGUAGAAGCACCAAUCCAUAUCACUUAACAAUGGUUCCAACCAUUGGGAUUGUUGUUACAGCUGUUGCUCUUACGAUGCUUGUAGUCUUGGUAAUUCUUAUCCGUAGAAAGAACCGGGAACUGGAUGAAUCUGAGAGCUUGGAUAGAAAGUCAACAAAAUCAGUUCCUUCUUCCCUUCCUGUAUUCAAGAUUCAUGAAGAUGAUUCUUCCUCAGCUUUCAGAAAGUUCAGCUACAAGGAAAUGACAAAUGCAACAAAUGAUUUCAACACGGUUAUCGGUCAGGGAGGUUUUGGUACUGUUUACAAAGCCGAGUUCAACGAUGGUCUGAUUGCAGCGGUAAAAAAGAUGAACAAAGUCUCUGAACAAGCUGAACAAGAUUUUUGUAGAGAGAUAGGGCUUUUAGCUAAGCUGCAUCACCGUAACCUCGUUGCUUUGAAAGGCUUUUGCAUCAACAAGAAAGAAAGGUUCUUGGUCUACGACUAUAUGAAAAAUGGCAGCUUAAAAGAUCACUUACAUGCCAUUGGAAAGCCUCCACCUAGUUGGGGAACAAGAAUGAAAAUUGCAAUUGAUGUGGCAAAUGCUUUGGUAAAUAUUCCAAAGUCUUUCAUCUACAUUUUCUCUGUAAACUGAUUUGAUAAUAUAUCUUUUACAGUUUUUGGUUCUUGGCUGCACGUUGUUCUCUCCUCCAGGAAUAUCUUCAUUUCUACUGUGAUCCUCCUCUCUGUCAUAGAGAUAUUAAAUCAAGCAAUAUAUUACUCGAUGAGAACUUCGUCGCUAAGCUUUCAGAUUUUGGCCUUGCACAUUCGUCUAGAGAUGGCUCUGUUUGCUUUGAGCCUGUGAAUACCGAUAUCCGUGGAACUCCAGGUUAUGUAGAUCCGGAAUAUGUAGUAACGCAAGAGUUGACAGAGAAGAGUGAUGUGUACAGCUACGGAGUUGUGUUGCUGGAGCUCAUAACCGGGAGAAGAGCAGUUGAUGAAGGUAGGAACCUUGUGGAAAUGUCUCAGCGGUUUUUGUUGGCGAAAUCAAAACACCUCGAGUUGGUAGACCCGAGAAUCAAAGACUCUAUUAAUGAUGCUGGAGGAAAACAACUUGAUGCAGUUGUGACGGUUGUGAGAUUGUGUACCGAGAAAGAAGGCCGGUCUAGGCCAUCAAUUAAGCAAGUCUUGAGGCUGUUGUGUGAAAGCUGUGAUCCGGUGCAUAGCGCAUUUGCUAAAGCGGUUGAAGAAGAGAUAGGCUGGGAUAGUAGGAAGAGAAGCAAUUUGAGAAUUCAAAGAGGUGAUUCCCGGAUCUUUGGUCCAUCGUCUAGUACUACUUCCAGGUCACAUUACAGCCGGAGUUUACCUCACUCUCCAAUUAACGGAUUUUCUUUCUGAGUUAGUCACAUCUUCUCUAUAGCUAAAUCUGAAAGUUUUACAUAUGUUUAUGAAAAUUAUGAAUUCAUAUUGAAAGCUCUCAUACUCU